UUCAAACGCCCACAACACAAAAGAAAAUAUAGAAAAAGAAACAGCCGGCACCCAACUCAUAAAAUCAAACCUCUGUUUCAGUUUUUGCUAUUUUUCAGGCUUCUCAAGCUGCAUUUUGAACUCUUAGAAACCCUAAUUUAGUCUCUUAUCAUGGACGAUGCUCAGAGAAAAGUUUGAUUGAGGUUAUUUUGACCCUGCAAAGGAAGAAGCCUUUGAGAAUAAUUAUCGCAGAGGAGAUGAGUGGGGCGAAGCUUUGCAGUGUAUUGGAAGAGUUAGGUUUUGAGGAUUACAAGAAGCUCGAUCCGGAUAGCUUUGAAUGGCCAUUUCAGUAUGAGGAGGUGCGUCCUUUGCUUGACUGGAUCUGCUCCAAUCUUCGCCCCUCUAAUGUCCUCUCACCUGCUGAAGUUGCACAGUAUGAACAAUUUGUACAGGAAGGAAAAUUGUUGGAGGGAGAUGAUUUGGACUUUGCCUACGAUAGUAUUUCAGCCUUUUCAAGUCGAAGGAACAAUCAAGAGGCAGUUUUAGGUGCUGAAGAAGGAAUAAAAGAAAUUAGGGAUGCCACCUUGGCAUAUAAAGAGGAAGCUCUGGAACUGCAAAAACAGCUUAGGCGUUUGCAAUCUCAGCUUGAUUUACUUACCAUCCAAGCUACAGGUUUGAUACAAGGGAGAAGAGCACGAGUUGCAACAACAUCCACUAUAAAUGGUGAACUUCUUUUGGUCGAUGAGAAACUUUCUGCUAGGAAUCUGGAGAUGAAUGCAGUUGUGGAGAAAAUUGCUUCAUCUGCACGGGAGCUGGCUCACUACCAUUCAGGAGAUGAGGAUGGUAUCUACUUGACUUAUGGUGAUUUUCGCUCAUACUUGUUGGGAGAUUCUGCUUGCUCAAAGGAGCUAAACCAGUGGUUUGUUAAACAAUUUGAAGCGGGUCCUUUCCGACUAGUUGCUGAAGAGGGAAAAUCCAAAUGUUCUUGGGUGAGUCUUGAUGAUAUCACAAAUAACUUCGUACGCGGAGACUCAGAAAAAACUUAUCGUCACCGUGUUGCUGAGCUGCAAAGGCUUCGCUCAGUAUUUGGAACAAGUGAGAGACAAUGGGUGGAAUCCCAAGUUGAGAAUGCAAAGCAGCAAGCCAUUCUCAUGGCUCUCAAGUCUCAAAUUACAUCUGAUGAAGCUCACAUUCAUCGUGAUCUGAAUUCUCUACGGAUCAAACAUAAUGAACUUGAAAGAGAGCUUUCCACUCUAUAUCAGAUGGAGCAAAAGUUGUUGUCUGAGACGAUUCCCUCCCUCUGUUGGGAGCUUGCUCAGCUCCAAGAUACAUAUAUAUUGCAAGGUGAUUAUGACUUAAAAGUCAUGCGUCAAGAGUACUAUAUGACCCAACAAAAAAUGUUUAUUAGUCAUUUGGUUAACCAGCUGGCUAGGCAUCAAUUUUUGAAAAUUGCCUGUCAGCUUGAGAGGAAGACUAUGAAUGGAGCAUAUGUGUUGCUUAGAGUUAUCGAAUCCGAGUUGCAGGGGUACUUGUCAGCAACAAAUGGUCGUGUGGAACGAUGCUUAUCAUUAAUUCAGGCUGCAUCUGAAGUGCAUGAACAAGGUGCAGUGGAUGAUCGAGACACGUUUCUUCAUUCUGUGAGAGAUCUUUUGAGUAUUCACACUAAUUCUCAGGGUGUAUUGCCUAUGUAUGUUUCGGCACCUGGAAUUGUACAACAAGUAUCAGCCCUGCAUUCUAACUUGCUUUCUCUUCAAUCUGAGCUUGAAAUUUCCAUUCCAGACGACAGAAAUCGAUGUAUCAGUGAGCUGUGCACUUUAAUUCAAAACAUGCAGCAACUCCUUUUUGCUUCGUCAACUACUGCACAACCAAUAUUGACACCUUGGCCUCUCAUGAAAGAGCUUGCAGAAAUGGAGAAAGUGAAUUCACAACUCUCUGCUGCAGUUGAAGAAGUAACACGUGAGCACAGGGAAAAGGCUGAGAUUGUGAAACAUCAUCCACAUGAGGUGGGAAGGGAGCGACAGGUGUUUGUUGAUUUCUUUUGCAAUCCUGAUCGCUUGAGGAGCCAAGUUAGGGACCUGACAGCUAGGGUCAAGGCUCUACAAGUAUAAAUACUUUGGUGGAUGCUUCCUCUGUUUAUUGCCAUGGGGGUUCAUAAGACUGUUUUGAGGAAAUGGGAGCGAGAUGGUCAUUGUGAGAUUUGAAUAUGGUUGAUAUGCGCAAUGGCCUUGAUCUGUGAAGAAUUCUUGGUUUGAGGAUUACAUUUAAACUAUUUCAAAAAAGAAAAAGAAAAGGAUUUCAUUUUUAGAGAUUUAUUUCUACAAGUUCCUUACUACUAUCGGAAGAAAAUAAAAUGUCUGUAAUGGUUUGGAAUAAAUAAUUUGUCAUGUAACUCAAGCUGACAUUAUACACGCAGAAACUACCCUCUAUAUUAAGUUAAUGGAACAAAUAAUUGACCAUGUAA